AUGCCAAAGACCUCAUCUGGUAAGAAAUGGAUUCUUAUCGUAAAAGUUAUCAGUACAAAAUGGGUAGAACUAUUUGCCCUUGAAGAAGCAACAGCUGUCAACUGCGCCAAAACGUUAGUCGAAGAAGUUUUUCUACGAUAUGGACAUCCACGUAGAUUGAUAAGUGAUAAUGGUCCACAAUUCAUAAGUGCCGUUAUGCAACAAAUUUGCAAUUUUCUCGAAAUUAAGCAACACCUUAUUCCUGUGUAUCAUCCCCAAGCAAACCCAUCGGAACUUAAGAAUAGGGAUCUAAAACCUCGACUUGCCAUACUCGUCGGAGAUGAACACAAUUCCUGGGAAAAAAAACUGCCACUGAUUCAUUUUUCCAUGAACACUACCAAGUGUGAAACCACUAAUCACACAGCAGCUUUUUUGCAGUUUGGCAGAGAUUUAAGAACAACAGAUGAUGUUACCCACGACCUAAGAACAUUAAUUGAUAAGGAUAACUUCGUGGCUGAGAUUACACCAUAUCUAAAACGAUUUGCCCGUUUAACUGCAGAGACUAAAGGCAACGUCGAACAGAAGCAAGACACGAAAAUAGUAUAUUAUGAUCGUCGACGUCAAAAGGUUUCUAACGAACCAUGUGAUAAAGUAUGGGUAACGUUACAUCCUAUUUGUAGAUCGCAGACUAGAAAGUGCCAAAAAUUCAUGCCGAGACGUGAAGGCCCUUAUUUAGCGGUAACUAAUCGUUCACCCACUACGUAUGAUAUUGCUGAUCCAGCUAAGCCAGAUGAAGUCCUUGGGACUUACCACAGCUCAGCCUUACGCGCUUAUGAACUGUCUGUUUCAAGAGAUAGUGGGUCUGUAGCACCUUAUCGAAGACGAGGCAGGCCAAAGAAACAUAUUUCUGGCUCUUCGCCGAGACCUCGUACUAGUCAGAGGGAGAGUCUGUAA